AAUAGACCAAAUGCUCUUUUGUUGAAGAAGUGAAAUAGGCUUACGUGUCAUGUAAACAGACGCUAAAUAAAUAAACAGCUGUUAAAUAUGAAUUUAUGGAGCCAUGAAACUCUGAAUUAGACAUUUUAACUGGUUUAAUGUGAUUGUUCUAUCAUCAUGGACAGAGCCGAAAGAACCCUUCAAAGAAAAGGUUAUAGUGUGACAACACAUCCCAAAGACGAGAACUCAUUUUAUUACAGUCUUCAUGCUGUAUUAAAUACAGAGAAAGGACAGCCUUCUGGCAAAAAUGCAAAGCAAACGCGUGAUGAGAUAUUCAAACUCGAGUUGGAUAACGCUAUGUAUUUCCACCUAUUUCACCCCCAGCGCGUCAGCUGCGAUGGAACAAUGCACCCAAGAGAUUGCCUAUCAAGUGAUCAGGAAAGGGUGAAAAAGGAGAAGAAGUAUGCAUCUCCUCGGGAAAUUUAUGCUGCAACAGAAUUACUACAGAAGGACAUAUGUCUUAUUCGUUACAAUAAAUCUGAUAGUGAGGACAUGCUCGGAUUUCAGGGGUACAUUUUUGCUCCAUGUAUCAGGCCGUGUCUUGAUUCAGAGCCGGUAUAUAUUCUAAUGAUUGAAAAUCAAGAUGGAUCGACAGAAUUCGGCAAUAUUGAUUUCAGAGAUAAUAGUAAAGAUCUAAAAUCUAGCCCUUGGGAUCUAGUGAAUGAAGAGCACAAGAAGUGUUUUGGCACACGAUUCAGAAAUAGUUUUCAUUUGCUGUUUGAUGAACAUGUUAGGUAUGGAAUAAAAGAUGAUGUCAAAGAUUUGUAUCGCCGUUUAAGUUUAGAAUUCUACGGUAAAGAAGAUCACCAUGACCGCAUACUGAAUAUUAUUUGUAACUUUGAAAUGGAAGAGGACAAUCUGGAUUUAUUUUGCAAGUACGCAGAUGAUACCAUCAAUGAAGAAACGAGAGCCACCGAAAAGGAGAGGCUUUUGAAGAAACACACAGAGAAAGUUAAAAAUCGACAGAAACCUCCCACUGAUGGAGAACUCUAUGCCAUAUCAUCAGUAUUCAACGUCGACAUUGUUGUUGAUAAAAUGUGCAGAGGUGACUGGAAAACCUAUAUGUCAGUGGCAUGUAGAUAUGCCUGUUGCUUUAGCUCUCCAAUCCUUCUGCAUCAGCAGACGAGUCGUGGAGAAUACAUGCCUUAUGUCACAGCACCAGGAGAAUGCUCUUGUCGCCAGAAAAAGCCAGAAAUACAGGGGCAUAUUGGGAAAAUUAAAGAUGACAUCCACAAAGCAGUGUUGCGAACCCCAUGCUGUCCAUCAAGUAGGAAACACCAAAACCACAGCCAUUUAAAGCAUGUACUGAACAACAGGACAAUUUGGCCUCAGCGAACUGAUUAUCUCAUCCCAACGAACGACAUAGAAAUCGUUGCAGCUCGACUUUAUGCUGAAGAAAGGCGACUUGAUCAAAUAAAUGGUGGAAAUGGUACUUUAGUCAAAGCCCUGUCUAAAGAAUUAUAUGGAGAUGAAAGUCAAUAUUUUUCAAGUGACCUUCAGGAUGCUUUAGGAAACGAGACACUGGAUUUCGAUGAAAAGAUGCGAAGGAUUUCUGACUGGUUGACAGUUCCCAUAUACAUCUACCAUUCAGAUCUAACCCAGUUAAACUGCUCUCAGGGGCUCUACUGGACAAAAUUCGAACCUGUUCGUUCGAGGUCAGACCAACUUGAUGGGAAGAAAGAAUGCAGGUUUUAUAUAACUCUUUUCUACAAUGGACUGAAGGAUUCCUUUGAUCGGAUAACUCCUCUCAGAGGUUGUAACUGUGAAAUUCCGCCACCUCUUUCCUUACUUCGAAACCAACAGAAAACGGAAUCUCAGCUUUUAAUAUGCGUGGAUCCAAAGCAACGUCACCAUCCUCUCAUCACGUUCCUUUCAAAGGAUCCUGACGAAGAAAUGUUCAUGACAGAAAUAAGAGAUUUUCCAGUGUGCACGCCCUACUCUUCACUGCGUAUAGCGAUGCAAAGAAACGACAUGAAAGGAAGAACGUUUGACUCCAUUCAAUUUUUCGAACAUUCUUUUCUUCGUUGCUUAAGCAAAGAGAUAUUUGGAACAGAAAAAAAUGUAGAUUUAUUACUGAAAGAACUUAGUGAGGAAUUGUUGCAGAACAUUCACUUUUAUGAACCGGUUAUUGGAGAUGAAACUAAACAUACUUUCAAUGCUACAUUUGGAAAGUUCCCACAGAACGAAAAAGACAACAAAAAAAUUGCGAAAUUUAUAAUUGAAAGAAUGGAAGAUGAUCUUCCUACUGAUGACCUAUUGUUAUGGCUUGCUUGUACAUUUUUCCAGACUGAGAUCUAUGUCCUUAAAGUCAACGACACAAAAACCUCUACAGAGAGCUCCUGGACUGAGUACUCAAAGCUGAGAACCCGGAAAAAGAAUCCCAAUAAAACCACACGUUUUAAAAGUAAAUGUCCUAAGAAUAAAAGGCCCUAUAUUUCUCUUAUUCAGACGGGAAGCAAGCAGUUUCACAGAAUUAUUCCAAAAAUGGAUUGUUGUAAUUGCGUUUCAGAUGUUCCAGUUGAACCAUCAAAUGAAGCUGACUUAACGCCAUAUCGCACACAACAAGAUCGCAACUUGAUGCGAGAGAUAAGGACAGUGGAUACUCUUCUGGAGACAGCUUGCGUGACUGUAGAGCAGUGGCUUUUAUGCAAUCAGAUUUUGCAGAGAAGAUGUGACUUGGUGAUAAAUGAAAUUGAAGGUCGUCGUAAAAAUGUAAAUAUUGCCACAAUAUCUGGUUCUGGGGCAGGAAUUGUCGGUGCAGUACUGACAGGUGUUGGAAUAGCGCUGGCACCGGUAACCGGAGGAAUUUCCACCCUACUGGCUGUAGGGGGAGGGGUUCUGGCGGUUUCCGGAGGAACAGUGGCUGCAGGAGCAAAAAUUACCGAAACCUACUUGAACAGUGGUACAAUAGACACACUGAAACGGUAUCAAAACUGUUAUCAGGAGAGAUUUGAGCGCCUUCAAAACGUAAUGGAUGAACUUAAAAGGGAAGUAACUAAACUGGCAGAGGUAUCAACUGAAAUUAAAACCAAUCAGAAUAUUGAGGCAUCCGACUUCGCGGGAAUUCAGAGUCUACCGGGUAUUUUGAGAACCGUGAAAGGUCUAGCAAUGAUUCCUAUAAGCCUGUUGAGGGUGUCGGCCAGAGGCAUAAUAAUUCUUGGCGCAAUAAUUGGGCCGCUGACGGCGAUGGUUGAUGCAGGUCUAUUGGCAUUCUCGGCUUAUAAUAUGGCGAAAGGAAACCGAACUGAUCUGACGGAAAACCUUCGCCGAAUAUCAGCAUCACUUCAUGGAGCAAGAAGGCAGAUGCAUAACUGGGCGUACGGGAAUGUUAGACCUUUCUAUUAUGAUUAGAAGAUCCAUAUAAGAAAUUAUCAUACUACAGUGUAGUAUUUUGAUGAGUAUCAUAAUUGAAAAUUCAAAUCUUGCUAAAGUGAAAGACAAACAAUUGAAGAUCAAGUAUAAGUAAGUGUUACUAAAAAAAAUAUGUAGAUGGUGGUUGGAAUUUUACCAUCUUAUAUUUUAUAAAACUUUACUCUUCAUUAAUGUUUUUGAGCUCUAAUUUACGUGUUUAACAUUUUUUUCUUUCUUGAUACGGGACUAUGUUAUUGUAUGGUCAAAUGAGGAUAAGUGAACAUUAAUUUGAUGAAGGUUUUCUUGGGGUCAGAUUUUCAUGGUGUUAGGAAAAAAAUAUUUGUUUGUUGGAUUUCGAUUUUUUGGAUGAAGAACUGUUUGAUAGUUUUGUAUGAGAAAAUUUAACAUUUCGUAAUGAUCAUGAAUUCGUGGGUCACUUCACGCCUCGUAAAGCACGAAAAUUAAUCCCCAACGAAAAUGAUUGAUUUCAGUAGUUCUUAGAAAUAUUAACUCACCCAAACUUAUGCUGUCAAUCUCUUUGUUAAUAGAUGUGAGUGAAGGAUAUUUACAGAUUUAAAGAUAUAGAAUUUAUUUAACGAGUAGGAAAGAUAUUCUGUUUUUCACGAGUUCAAACUUUUAACAUGGAACAUAUUUUUAUUGAAAUUUGUGAUUUAAAUUUUAAGAUUAAAACAUAAAAGAGAUAAUUCAGGAUUGAUAGAUGUUUGUUUUUCACCUAAUGAAAUUACUUUUAUUUUCACUGUUAUAUACUUGUUUAAGAAUUUACUUUAUUCAAAUGAUUAAUUACAGUAUUUCACAAUUGAAAUGUUUUACAUUCUGGAGUAACUGUCUUUCAUUUUUUCCAUCGAUGUAUACUUUAUUGACUAAACAGUAAGAGCUUCUACAAAGUCAGUGUCACUAUGAUGCAAUUGUGACAUCAUAGGCGGUAUUAUUUUUGUCUCGCUUUAUUUUUUUUAUAAGCUCAUCUGAGCUGAAAGCUCGAGUGAACUUUUCUGAUCACACGUGUACCGGAAUUUGUCCAUCUGUCUGCCCGUCUGUAAACUAUUUAUAGUUUCAACUUCUUAAUAACCACUGGGUAAAUUUUAACAAAACUUGGUAUAUAGCAUCCCUUGGUAAAUCGGAUUCUAAAUUCUCACGACGAGCUAAUCUCCCUUCAAGGAGGUGGUUGGGUGGAUAUCUGGAAAAUACAAAAUAGGAUGGAAUAAUUUUCUUCUCAAGAAACCCAUGUGUUAGAGAAGAUGAUAUAGUGUAUAUUUUGAAUUGUUGAAAUCGUCGGCCCCUGGGAAAAGGUUUCAUAAUAGGAAAACAAAGUUAUUUUUCAUGAAAAUUUAUGUAGAUAUCUUUAUAAAUCUUCUCAAGAAAAGGGACCAGAAAAGCUGAAAUGUGUGGCAGCUUUCUAAAAAUAUGUAGAUUCUAAAUUGAUCAAAUCAUGGCCCUUGAAUCAUUUUUUUAAAAAAUUUAAAUAUAGAGAAAAAAAUAUUUGAAAAUCUUCCCAAAAGCCACCGGGUAGAAACCCUUGUGUGGAAGCUUUCUUAUUAAGUGUUUUAGAUUCUAAAUUGGUCAAAUCAUGGCUUCUGGGGGAGGGUGUGGCCACAAUAGGAAAUCAAGAUUUCGUGAAUAAAUGUACAGGAAAAUCUUUAAAAAUAUCCUUCUAAAGAACAACUCGCUAGAAAUGCUAACUUAUGUGGAAGCUUUCUUAGAUAUGUAGAGAUUCUCAAUUGGUCAAAUUAUGGUCCCUCGGGGAGGUUGGGGCCAUGAUAGGAAAUUAAAUUUUUACAUCAAAUAUGUACAGGAAGAAUCACUGGAUAAAAAAGUGUGAGACAUUUGUUAGAGCUUCCAAAGAAAGUUGGGUAAGGUAAGACCUCAAAAGGAUAUCUAACUCUUAACAUUGAAAUACAUUAAAAGAAUCUUUAAAAAAAAACUCUUUUCAAGAACUACUGGAUCUGAAAAUUAGACGAAAGAUUCGUUUAAAUUGCUCACAUUAUAGGCCCCAGAGAUUGGAUGAUGUCACAUUAGGAUUAUAUUGAGAUAAAUCUUAAAAACCCUUUACAGAGCUAUGAUAAAUCAGUAGUAGCAUCAUCUGGUAAUGUUAAUUUAUUUUUGUUUAAACCAAGGUUAUGAAUGAAGACUGAGACUACAAAAGCCAGUUAAAAUUUUACGUAGGAGGACCAAAGUGAAUCUGGGGAGCGGUGUGGUCAAUGAUCCUAUUAUUUAUUUCUUUGUUUCUCAUUUCUUUGAUUAUAUUUCAAAGCAACUUUAAAAGUGUGGCAUUGUGUGUUUUUAACGAACCAUGUACUCUAGUCAUUAAAGUUCUGAAGUUUA